GUGGGUGCAGCACCGCUAGUAGGUGCUAGUUCACCAGAACUAGCUGCCCAGGUGGGGCUGGAAGUGGCAGCUCCAGGUCCUGGAGAUGGACUUGGAUGCUCGACUGUAGUGACUGACAGCAGCUGAGGUUCUGGGACCAGCCCAGAAGCUGUUUGGUGAAGGGGGCUGAGUGGAUGCCCCAGGCUGGCCACUUCUGAAGCCCCUGACGCCAUGGAGGAGUGGGAUGUGCCCCAGAUGAAGAAAGAGGUAGAAAGCCUCAAGUAUCAGCUGGCCUUCAAGAGGGAGAUGUCCUCCAAGACCAUUCCGGAGCUCCUCAAAUGGAUCGAGGAUGGGAUCCCCAAGGACCCCUUCCUGAACCCUGACCUGAUGAAGAACAACCCCUGGGUGGAGAAGGGCAAGUGCGCCAUCCUGUGAGCCAGACAGAGUGGGUGUAAGGUGUGACUUUAUUAUAAAGACUUCUCCAGACAGAG